AUAUUUCAUUUUGGAUGUGACAAAAUAGGAAUAAAAAAAUAAAAAGAAUUAAGAAAGUCCGUCCCAUAUAUUUGGCAGCUGAAAGAAAAUCUGAGAAAGUACAACUACUCCGACUCGGGCGGAUCCCCCAAUGCUGAUCCUUAUUCGUAUACGCCUACAAAGCUCACUUUUUUAUAUUCGAACAUGAACAGAAUUGUCCUCACCACAUCCACAUUUCCUUUCUCUCACUCAUUUCUUGCACUUUCCGAAUUUGAACCAGAUCCAUCUCUGCUUUCUCAAGGUACAUUUCCUUUCACUGAUUUGGCUUUAGUUGUUAACCAUGGAAGUUCCACUGUCGCGGUACCAGAGUUUAGCUUUGGAUCAGAUCCGCAUUAGCAGAAGCAGUAGCAGCUGCCCAUUGUCUUUAUCAAAGUCUAGUCUUUCUGGGCAUAGGUAUUUUUUUUAUGGGUACAGUUUCUCUGUCUCUAGAAGGAAAUGGAGGAAUCCAUUUGCUCAGAUUAGGUGUUCCUCGGCGAUGGAACAGGGGCUAAAGCCACGCCCGAAGCUGAAUACUGUGAAAUUCGAUAUCAGUGAUCGGAAAGAAACUGUUUUGGAGGAAACCCAGAUCAGAAAAUCGAGUACUGGGAUCUGUAAUCAGAUAGAGACGUUUGUUCUGUAUAAAAGAUACAGGGAGGCGCUUGAUUUGUUUGAAAUUUUGGAGCUUGAAGGUGGAUGUGAGGUGGUUAGUAGCACGUACGAUGCUUUGGUGAGUGCUUGCAUCGGAUUAAGGUCCAUUAGAGGUGUGAAGAGGGUGUGCAAUUUGAUGAAUAAGAAUGGGUUUGAACUGGAUCUAUAUAUGAGGAACAGGGUAUUGCUGAUGCACUUGAGAUGUGGCAUGAUGCUUGACGCUCAUAAACUGUUCGAUGAAUUGACGGAGAAGAACUCGGUUUCCUGGAACACAAUGAUAUCCGGGCUUGUUGAUUCUGGAGAGUUUAUGAAAGCGUGCAAGUUGUUUCUAAUGAUGUGGCAAGAGUUUUAUGAGGGGGGGUCUCGCCUUUUUGCCAUGAUGAUUCGGGCAUCGGCAGGGUUGGGACUCAUCUUUGCUGGAAGACAGUUUCAUUCGUGUGCUUUGAAGAUGGGUGUAGACCAAGAUAUUUUCGUGUCUUGCGCAUUGAUUGAUAUGUAUAGUAAGUGUGGAAACCUAGAGGACGCUCAAUUUGUUUUUGAUGAGUUGCCGGAGAAGACAACUGUGGGAUGGAAUACUAUUAUAGCAGGUUAUGCACUUCAUGGUUAUACUGAAGAAGCUCUGAGCUUGUAUUAUGAGAUGAGUGAAUCUGGUGUCACCAUGGACCAUUUCACAUUUUCUAUACUAGUAAGAAUAUGUACAAGAUUAGCUUCAUUAGAACAUGCUAAGCAAGCUCAUGCAGGUUUAGUUCGUCAUGGAUUCGGGUCAGAUAUAGUGGCCAACACGGCCCUUGUGGACUUCUAUAGCAAAUGGGGAAGAAUAGAAGACGCUCGCCAUGUUUUUGACAAGAUGCCCUGCAAAAAUCUCAUUUCUUGGAAUGCCUUAAUUGCUGGAUAUGGUAAUCAUGGUAGAGGUGAUAAGGCCAUCGCAUUGUUUGAGAAAAUGCUCAAAGAAGGGUUGAUGCCCAACCAUGUAACGUUUCUUGCUGUAUUAUCUGCUUGCAGCUAUUCAGGAUUAUCAGAACGUGGAUGGGAGUUUUUUGAGUCAAUGAGUAAAGAGCACAAGAUUAAACCUCGUGCAAUGCAUUAUGCAUGCAUGAUUGAAUUACUAGGACGAGAGGGGCUUUUGGAUGAAGCCUAUGCACUAUUAAGAAAGGCACCAUUUAAGCCGACGGCAAACAUGUGGGCUGCUUUGCUGACAGCUUGUCGUAUCCAUGAGGAUUUAGAGCUUGGAAAACUUGCAGCUGAAAAACUCUAUGGCAUGGAGCCUGAGAAGCUAAGUAAUUAUAUUGUACUCUUGAAUAUAUACAACAGUUCUGGCAAGUUAAGAGAAGCUGCUGGUGUUGUUCAGACUUUAAAAAGAAAGGGAUUGAGAAUGCUUCCGGCUUGCAGUUGGAUCGAAGUGAAAAAGCGGUCUCAUGUUUUCUAUUCUGGAGAUAAAACUCAUUCCGAAAUGGAAAAAAUAUACGGAAAGGUGGAAGAAUUGAUGGCAGAUAUUUCCAAACACGGUUACAUUGGUAAGGAGAAGACUCUGCUUCCUGAUGUGGAUGAACAUGAAGAGCGUAUACUGCUAUACCACAGUGAGAAACUGGCUAUAGCAUAUGGUAUGAUCAGCACUCUAGAUGGAACAUCACUACAGAUUGUGCAGAGCCAUCGAGUCUGCAGCGAUUGCCAUUCCGCCAUCAAGUUAAUGUCUUUGGUCACCGGACGAGAAAUAGUCCUGAGAGAUGGCAGCAGAUUUCACCAUUUCAAAGAUGGUAGCUGUUCUUGUGGGGACUAUUGGUGAUGGUGAUGGUGAUGGUGAUGGAGCAUACUUUAGGACUAGAAUAGCUUUGCUAAUUGAUAUCUUUGUACUAUGCCAUCUUUAUAGGCUCUGAGAGAUUAAUAAUGGAAGAAGCAUCAGUUUUGAUCAAUCUUCCAAAGCAUUAUCCAAAAAUACAAUCUAGAAUUAACAUAAUACUCGUGAUAGUUCAAUUUAUUAUAAAACAGACUCUUGUGAUAUUGGUUUUCAAUCUGACGAAUCGAGUUAUGAAA